CAGAUGGUGCUGGAGAGGUCGCCGGUGCUUCUGCUUAGCCCUGACACCUCGGGUCUCGCUUUGGGAACAGCCGGUCACUGCCCACUUCUGCCCUGCUCGGCGCUGAGCCAUGCCUCGACGGUUGAGCUAACAUAAGUCAUUUUGUUUAAUUUAAAAAAAAAAAGUGUUAGAAAAGCUUCCUUAGGUCAGACCAGGUGCAACAGCGCACUGGUCGGGAUUUUGGCAUCGCACAAGGUCAGCAGCAAGAAGUGUAUGCUGGGGAUGGGGAAGUAGCUCCCACCCCUCGGUCCCUUGAGUCUUCACAUUUUUCCCAGGGUGAUACCGUGCAGGGAGGUUGCCACUGCUUUCCGAAAUUCAGUGUGUGGAGCCAAGGAAGCAGGUGACAGGCAGUCCUGGUGUAGUGCUGCUAGUUCCCAGUGCUGUUACAGGGGGACAGGAGAAUCGUGGACAAUUCAGGAUAUGGUUUUGCUGAUGUCGGCAGGAGCGUUUGUGGGUGAUGGUGGUGGUGGUAAGGAGAGCAGUAGCAAAGAACAGUGUAUUAAGUUGAAUUCAGAACACUUCUUGAUUACAAAACUUACCCUUUUCAAGGCAAUCAUUGGGAAAGCAUCAGUAUUUGUGGUUACAGCUAGAAUUGAAUUCAUGCUUUUAUGAUUUAGGAUUUGGUGACCAAAAGGCAAAUGGUGGGUUGGUUGUAGUUGUUUCCGUUCCUGUGAAGUUGUGCAUCUGCUCGUCUUAUAGGUCUCUAAAACAUACCUAGUGGGCAAUGUACUUAAAAGAGUUUUCUGUCACUGCUGUAAAAGGUCCUUUGAUGACAGGUGUGAAGAGAACCUCUUCAGAUCAAAGCAUUGAAAAAUAAAGGGCCUGAGUGCGUUUUGCAGAAGAUAAUGUAUUCUUGCCCUCUGCUGUGAAACUCAAGAUCUUUUACUCACCUGGGACCAAAAUCAAAUGUUUCUAGAAAUGGCCAUUCUUCUGUGGAAGAACUUACUUCAGACUACAAAGAAAAGGAUACUACAACAGAGAUGGUUGUCACUGUAUAAUGGUGCUCAUGGCUAUGAGGAAGAAUUGGUAAAGAAGAAACUUCAACAGUUUUCUGGUGGAUCCGUCAACCUUUCCAAAGAAGACAAUGGCGUUGGAAUACUUACUUUGAAUAACCCAAAGCUAAUGAAUGCCUUUACAGGUACUAUGAUGGUAGAACUCCAGGAGAGGGUAACUGAACUGGAAAACUGGAAGGAUGGCAAAGGCCUUAUUAUCCAUGGUGCAGGAAACACCUUUUGCUCAGGAUCUGAUUUGAAUGCUGUCAAAGAAAUGUCCAACUCCCAGGAUGGGAUGAAUAUGUGCAUGUUUAUGCAAAACACCUUAACCAGACUUAUGAGGUUGCCUUUGAUCAGUGUUGCACUAGUUCAAGGAAAAGCUUUUGGAGGAGGAGCAGAAUUUACCACAGCCUGUGAUUUCAGGUUGAUGACACCUGGAAGUGAAAUUCGGUUUGUCCACAAGCACAUGGGCCUGGUGCCCGGCUGGGGAGGAGCUGCCCGGCUGGUGCGGAUCGUGGGCAGCGGGGCAGCCCUGCAGCUGCUGGGCGGGGCUGCCCGGGUGGACCCCGGGAGAGCUCUGCGCCUGGGGCUCUCCGAGGAGACGCUGCCGUCCUCAGACGAAACCACGGCGUUGGGAGAAGCCCGGGCCUGGCUGAAUCAGUACACAGAGGGUCCGACCACUGUGAUUCGGGCUGUGAAAAAGGUGGUGACAGCAGGAAGAGAGCUCCCACUGGAAGCUGCCCUAAGAACAGAGAAGGACAUUUUUGGAACUGUAUGGGGUGGGCCUGCCAAUUUGCAGGCAUUGGUUAGAAGACCAAAACAAAAAUGAUGGUUUAUGCAUGAGGAAUGGGCUUGACCUUUUUGCAAACAAAGCUUUCAGUAAAGAAGCCAUUAAACGGAAUCAUUUAAGGACUUGUCCAUUUAAAAUGGCCUUAACAUUCCUGCCAUUUAGGUCAGGCAGGCGUAUUUGGUGUGCAACCACAGAGAAAUCCCGGGCAGAUUCUCUACUGUCUUAAUCACCCACUGAAUGGAGAUUAGUGAAAUUAGUAUGUAAAGGUAAAUACUAUGCUGAAAAUAGAACUAUAAUUCAUUUGAAA